AUCGAACUGUUAAAUUUUAACUAAAAAGUAAAAAAUUCGCGAAAUUGUUCACAGCCUUACUGUGCAAACUCAUUAAGUGGGUCAACAAAUUUUGUUGACAUUGUUUACGCAUAGGCAUAGCGCACUCAUAUUAUAUAUAUACAUCGUUUGUCUUCUGGUCACUUUAAUUGACGAUAAGUGGAUCCUUUCAGGGUUUUUUUUAUAACGAAAUGGAGACUAAUAAAAAGACUAAGACAAAAAAAAUGACCAGCGCCGAAGUUUCUUCCUUAAUCAACGCUCGCAUAACAUAUAACGAAAUGUUCGUACAAAAAAGCUACGAUAAACAGGAAGCCUGGAGAACCAUCCAGGAAACUUCAGGCUUGCGGGUAUUUUCGAUUGAGCAAUUAAAGGUUAAAUGGAAUAAUUUAUCUAAGAAAUACAAGAAACUUGUCGCUCUUCCUACUGACGAUGCUACAGAAGCUGGAGAAUUGAAAGCCAACAGCUGGGUGCAUUUCGAUAAUAUGCACAAGUUCAUGUCAACGCAGCAUUCAUGUUAUCCUCAGUUAGUGGUCAACGAUUUCGAGCCGGUGCGGUGUGGCUUCUGCGGUUCGUUUUUUCAUUUCGGACUGCAAUACUGUGAACUUAACGAAUGUGCACACAAAGAGCUGUUUACUGAAGGGAAGGCAAUUUUUAUUUGCGCAACCUGCAAAAUUGAUUUGAAUGGCAGAAGCAUCCGUACAUAUGUGGCUGAUAAGUUGAAAUGUGUACCGGAUCAGCCGAUGAAUGCUGCUUUAUCAAAUCAGAAUAGCAGAAGCAUCCGCACAUAUGUUGCUGAUAAGUUGAAAUGUGAGCCGGAUCUGUUGAAGAAUGCUGCUUCAUCAAAUCAAUUUCAACAGCUGGUAGAAACGGUCAGGUCACUGAGUAAUAAGGUGGAUCGUCUAAUGCAAAAUCGAGCCGAUCAGAUUUCAAAAGUUACAUCCUUGCCUGAACUGGGUGUAAAACGUCGACGCACUGAGGGAAGUGUGCGUGAUUCGGCAGAUUAUGGCACUAGCACGAUAGAAUUUACUGACCUGUCAGUUACUUCUAUCACACCCACCCCCUCUCCAGUAAAGUGGUGGCUAUAUUUGUCCGGAUUUCAUCCCGCAAUAACGAAUGCUGAUGUAACAAAAAUUGUUUCUCGUUGUCUUGAUCUUGAUGAGGAUAACGCUUUUGAUGUCAUUCGUUUGGUUUCAAAAGGCACUGAUUCGUCGAACCUACCGUUUGUUUCAUACAAGAUUGGUUUGGACCCACGCCUUAAGCAACUUGCACUGACUGCCUCUUCCUGGCCAACUGGAUUGUUAUUCCGGGAAUUUUAGACAUGCCAAAAAAUAUGUUGGAUUGAUGCUAGGUAGGAAUAAAUCAACCCGUAUAACUAAUUCUUUAAAAAUAGUUUUUUUCGUGACGAUCGGAGUACUGGCACUUCUAAUACCAUUUUGAUUUCGUUCAUACGCUCAAAUGACAAAUCUGUUAAUGCUGUUUCGGAUCCGGGACACCUUUAAUUCAAUCUUUCCCAUGAUAGCACAGGUGCUCCAUAAUUUCAGAUACUAAAAUUGGCUGAUAAUAUUUCAAAGGCAGUUCAAUAUGGAUAUUUUGAUUUUCUAACGUAGUAAAAAUACUGUUUUACAAGCUGUAUAGUUGUGUAUGACGAAUGGCUUAUCAAUAGCCUUUUCACAUGAUCAAAAACUGUAAACCACAACAAACACCCCUGGGACAGAGAGGGUUAGCAGGCAUUAUGGAAGCCCGACACAGUCGUGCUUGCUACUGAUAUUGGACAUCAUCAUCAUUUCGGUCCUGUGUAAGUAAGUGGGGACGGGGUCUUUCAGCCUGCACCUGCAGGCAAGUAUAAUUGAAUACCUGAGCUUUCGGUAGCUGAUGAUUCCUUGUAUUUUAGUCCGUCGUGUGUUAAUUGUCCUAACGUCUUACGACAAGGCCUGCGCAGUAUAAUUUCUCCAUCUGUUUCGGUCCAUGGCAACUGAUCUCCAGUUCCGCGGGCACCCAGUGCUCGCCAGAUCUCGCUCCACUUGGUCUUGCCACUUCUUCGUCUUGUUCCUACCGGAUUUGAUGCGAAAACCAUUUUUGUAAGAUAGUUGUCCGGCAUUCUAGAAACAUGUUUUGCCCAACGUAUCCGUCCAGCUUUAACCACUUUCUGAAUACUUCGUUCGCCGUAGAGACGCGCGAGCUCGAGGUUCAUUCUUCGCCUCCAUACACCGUUCUCUUGCACUCCGUCCGUCGUAAAUAUCAAGUGUCGGUUUCACAAUCAAAUCGCCUGCGCAUCUAUUAUCACCAUUUUCACAACGUGCGCGGGCUGCGUACGGAAAUUGACUGCAUUCUGGCUGUGUCUUGACGACCGCAUUUUCUCGACGCAACUAUUUGGAAAUCAGUAUAGUCGUAAGAUAGAUUGCGGAGCGAAAAAACUCCAGUUUGUUUCAAACAAAAUUAUUGUUGCUUUAAACCUCAAUAAAAUAUUUUUUUAAC